AUGUCGUCUCGUCCAUUGAUGAAAGAGAAGUUAUAUAACCUAGCUGUCAGCAAUAUAAUCUCUAACUCAAUCACCGUGGGACUCCGUCUCAACCUAUUCAAGACACUCUCCCAGAUUUCAAGUCAGAAAAAUCCGGUGCUCCCGGAGCAGCUUGCAGAGGCAGCUGGUUGCAAGGAGAGAUAUGUGAGAGAGUGGUGUAACUGUAUGGCUUGUGGAGAGAUUAUUGAAGUGAAUGAAGAGGAAAAGUUUUGGAUUGCGGAGGAGAAUGUGGAGGACCUGACCAACGGAAGUUUCGAGAGCGUGAUCAACGGAAUGAUGGCGACACUUCUGGAGCCGCUGGACCAACUCAUCGAAUGCUUCAAAAAAGAAGGACCCUACGGUCUCGAGUAUUCUCAAUUCUCGAAAUUCCAAGAAUUCAUGGGAGUGAUGAGUCAAGCGCUCCAUGAGAAGCACGUCGUUCCCGACAUGAUUCCAGCUAUCGGAAAUGGAAUCGUUGAGAAGUUGGAAGCUGGCGGGAUUCGAGUGCUAGAUGUGGGGUGUGGCGGUGGAUUCCAUUCCUCACUGCUCGCGGAGCAAUACCCAAAAGCACAUUUUGUCGGGUUGGACAUCGGAGCUGAUGCUAUAAACCAGGCGAAGAAGCGGAAAACAAAGUCCGGAGGAAUUUUUAACAAUUUAGAAUUUAUCGAGUGUGAUGCCGGGAAGAUGCCAGAAAUCUGGACGGACUCUUUCGACUUGGUCUUGAUUUUUGAUGCGUGUCACGACCAAUGUAGACCGGAUUUGUGCAUCCAAGAAAUCCACCGAGUGCUAAAGCCUAACGGAACAUUUGCCAUGGUCGAGGUGCUGGGCUCCAGCAAUGUGUUCACUGACAAGGCAACAAUGGGACCACUGGCUGCGAUGAUGUACGGAUGCUCCAUGUUCCAUUGUCUACCAGUUGGAAGUAACUGUCAGGAUGCCCUAUGUUUCGGUGCAAUGUGGGGAAGAAAGCGAGCGAUCGAAUUGCUGAAUAAGUGUGGUUUCCCAGAGGUUCGGAUUGUGGAUACUCCCUAUUUCCCGAUUAAUGUCAUGUAUUGUGUGCAAAAGAAUUAG